ACAGAGCUGAUAAGGACACGAGGACACAGUGAGGACAGGACAGCAACAUCAGCACAGAAAAAGGAAGGACAGUGUUAGAGAAGAGGAAGCUGUGUGACCGAGUGUGUGUGUGUGUGUGUUUGUGUGCUUCUUCUUUUUAAAAUGUCCUCAGUGGACAUGGAGGACACUCAGGUGACCAGAAGCUUAGAGCUGAACGACGGCUUGUCACACAUGCCUGUGUUGGGUUUGGGGACAUGGAAGUCUUCCCCUCUGCCCCGGACCUCCAUCCAGGCCGCCGUGGAGGCCGCCAUCGCUGCUGGCUACCGCCACAUAGACACCGCCUACUGCUACUACAAUGAGGUGGACAUUGGCAAAGCUCUGAGCGCCAAGAUGCGGCAGGGAAUCAUCAGACGCCAGGACAUGUUCAUCGUCAGUAAGCUGUGCUCCACACACCAUGCUCCCGAGGACAUCCCCGUCUGCCUGGACAAAUCCCUCCACGAUCUCCAGCUCGACUACCUGGAUCUCUACCUCGUUCAUUUCCCAGUCGCCCUGAAGAAAGUGGGCGAUGAGCUUUUCCCGGAAAAGGACGGACAGCCGCUGACCUCUGACAUCGACUAUGUGGACGUGUGGAGGGGCAUGGAAGCUCUGCAGGCUUCAGGGAAGGUGAGAAGCAUCGGCGUGUCCAACUUCAACAUCCUGCAGCUGCAGAGGCUGCUGGCUCUGUGCAGGGUGCCCCCUGCUGUCAAUCAGGUGGAGCUACAUCCUUACCUCGUGCAGACGGAGAUGAUCGAGUUUUGCAAAUCCAAGAACAUUAUUCUGACUGCGCACAGUCCGUUUGGUUCCCCUGGACGACCCUCACACAUGGUCACAGGAGACACUGAUCCACAGAAUCUGCUCCAGGACCCAGUUGUUGCAGAAAUAUCCAGAAAGCACAGACGCUCCGCUGCACAGGUGUUGCUCAGGUAUCACGUGCAGCAGGGCAUCACGGUCAUCCCUAAGAGUGACAAGUCUCAUCAUAUUCUUGAAAACACAAAGAUAUUUGACUUCAAACUCUGUGACGACGACAUGAAGGCACUGAGAGGACUGGACCGAGGCUGGAGGGCCUGCGCGCUCAAUUCAAAUCUCACCCGUACUAUCCUUUUGAAUGAAGCUGCCAGAAACUGUGGAAUCAACCUUCACAGAGAGGUGCUCCUCCUCCUCCUCCUCCAUCACAGAGAGGUGCUCCUCCUCCUCCUCCUCCAUCACAGGGAGGUGCUGCUCCUCCUCCUCCUCCAUCACAGGGAGGUGCAAAUACGAUGCUGAGAACACAACACUCACUCGUUUUGUUUCAGUGGUUCUUCUCAGGCAGAUGAAAACAUGAAUGAAUCACGGCCCACAGAGAAAACCAGUGAUUUUAGCUGCUGGUCCUCUGCUGCCUCGUGUGGUCACUUUGUGUCAUCAAAGGAUUUUAAAAGCAAAGUGACAAAAUCAGACGUUAAGACUGAGUGAUGGAGGCAGCAGUGGAUCAACAACUCCUGUGUGUGUGAUGGACUUUGGUGUGGGAGAGUGAGCGAGACCACUUUUUAAAACAAAUAAAUUUCCCUUUCAAAAUAAAUGAAAGGGAAAAAUAAAUGUGAUUUUAUUGUGAUGCUUCUUAUAAAUAAAGACUUCUCCUCUCA